UUUGAGGUUAUUUUUUUAUGGAAACUUAUUUAAUUAUUUUUUUAUAAUAAAAGAAAAUGGUGAAGGUAAAAAGUUUAAAAGUAGCAUUUUUCCACCCUGAUUUGGGAAUUGGUGGUGCAGAAAGAUUGGUUUUGGAUUUAGCAAUAGCUCUGUCUGAUCAAGGAAUGGAAGUGAGCUUCAUAACGAAUCAUUUCAAUAAAAACCACGCUUUUGAAGAAUUAAAAGCUGAUAAAUAUCCUGUUACGGUAAUUGGGGAUUGGAUUCCAAGGAGUAUUUUUGGUUAUUUCCAAGCACUUUGUGCUUACAUUAGAAUGAUGUAUCUUGCAUUAAUUUAUGUAAUCUUCUUUAAGUAUGUGGAUGAAUCAGAUGCCUUUAUUGUUGAUCAAAUCCCAAUGGCAGUUCCAUUUUUAAAGAAAUUCACUAAUAAGAGGGUUAUUUAUUAUUGCCAUCACCCCGAUUUACUUGGAAGUACUCCUGGAGGAGUUUUGAAGCGUUUGUAUCGAAAACCCAUAGAUUUUAUUGAACGAAAAGGGACGGAAAUGUCUGAUGUUAUUUUAGUCAACAGUAACUAUACAAGUGAAGUGUUUCACAGGACUUUUUCUGGGGUUAAAAAGGAUUUAAAGAUUGUUUAUCCCACUAUAUCAAACUUGUUUCUAAAUAAUUUAAAAAAAAUUAAAAAGAAAUCAAUCCAAGAACUUAACGAUUUAUUAAAAACAAAUAUGGUAGAUAAUUCCACUUUGUUUUUAUCAAUAAAUCGAUUUCAUCCAGCGAAAAAACUCGAAUUAUCAAUAGAAGGUUUAUAUAACCUCAAAAAAAACACCCAAAAACAAUUCCAUUUAAUCAUCGCUGGAGGUUAUGAUCCAAAUUCGACAAUAAAUAAAAUUUAUUUCAACAAAUUAAUGGAAUUAACUCAAAAAUUGAGGUUAGAAUCUAAUAUAACCUUUUUAAAGUCACCUUCGGAUGAUUUAAAAUCUAAAUUAUUAGUUUCUUGUGAUUGUUUACUUUACACACCGAUUAACGAGCAUUUCGGAAUUGUUCCAUUGGAAGCAAUGGCUGCUGGGAAAGUUGUGAUAGCAUGUAAUAGUGGGGGGCCGAAGGAAACUGUCGAAAAUAAUGUUACUGGGUAUUUAUGUGAAGCUACAGAUGAAGGUUUUUCUGGAGCUAUGUUAAAAGUUUUGGGGGAUGAUGCGAAAAGGACCAAAAUGGGGAGAGAAGGUUUAAACCGGCUACAAAAAAUGUUUGGGUGGGAAAAGUUUUGUUCUGAUGUAAUGGGUGUUGUUAUGGAUGUGGUUUGUGGUGAUAAUAAUAAAAAGAAUUUAUAAGAAUUUGUUAUUUUUUUAUUAAAUUAAAAAUAAAUAAUUUUUUUUCAUU